GUGUACCUUGAGGGUCCAAUUCCUGAUUUUAUUCAAGAAAACCGGAAUGCUGGGGAGUCCAUGGCCCAAACAUUUGCACAUUUUCCUCAAUUGAAGUCUAAGUGCCUUACGGGUGCUCGAAUUAUGCGUGUGUUUGCGGAAGAGGAUGGACACAUCUCGACAACAUUGGAUCUUUUGACAAGAUUUUACUGUGGAACAGCAGCCACAAAUUACAUAGAAUUGGAUCCAUUUGUCAGUCCAAGGAAGAAAUGGAAAAAGUUGUAUUAUCUAGGGACCUACAUCAACUUGACUGUUAAUGCUAUUAACCGCUGGGAAGGAUACAGUUUCUUCUUGUUGUUAGUAAUGAUCUUUGAGGGAAAAAUAUAUUCACCUGCGAUGUUUAAACCAUUGCCUGAUUAUGAACUGGAGAUUUCUAAAUAUGACGAGAGUUGCUCUGUCCCUAACCUUGCAGAGCAGUCUCGAAUCAUAUUCAUAAGACAAGUGGCUUCACAUUUGAAAACUUUGGAUCAAGAGGUUGCCCUGAGGUUAUUUGAAAGCUUUUCCAGAAUGAUCGUGGCCAAGGAACUGCCUCGUGUGAACAAACUGUGGGAAGGAAGAAACCAAGAAAUAAUUGAUGAUUUUAUUAGGGAUCCAGGGAAACUAGAGACAAUUGACCUAGUCAUUCACUUAAUCUGUGACCUUUCUUCGAGUUAUUUUAAUGGGAAAUUGCCAAUUGAAUUGUCGGGUGAUGAACAAUCCUGUUUGCUCUGUGUGUUGCAAGCUCAGGUUAACCUAUUUCAGGAUGAUGAUGCAAGGUCCAGGCUCAGGAAUAUUGUUGAGAAAAUUAAUGACUUUUACAACACUUUAUCUCCAGAGGUGGUGGAUGAUCCCAUGAAAAAGCUGAAGCUUUAAGUAGACAGUCUACUAGCAGCAAACUUUAUGAUCCAAUGGCAUUCAUAUUCAUGAACUUCGUUGUGUUUUGGUGAUUUUAAAUUUCUGGGUUAUCUUUGUUCCUAAGAAUUAAUUUUACAUUUUGUGUCGGAUUGCCUGUUUCGGUACAAUGGUAGCAGUUCUCCUAUCUGCAAAAAGAAAAAUUUCCUCAAAUGAAGUAUAUGAGCUUUCAUUUUUGUUUA